CUGAUCGCGGGCGGAGGGAGGCGGUAGCAGCGCUGAGCGAUGGCCGGGGAGGACGGAGCCGCCGCCCCCGAGGCUGCGCAGCCCCCCGCGGACCCGAGCCCUGGCAGUGGCGGCGGCUACGACGGCAAGUGCGUCUUCUGCAGGAUCGGCCGCCGGGAGGAGCCGGGCACCGCGCUGCUGCCCUGCGAGUCUGAAGGCCUAGUCUGUUUUAGAGAUAUCAGACCUGGGGCCCCACACCAUUAUCUAAUAGUGCCAAUAGAGCAUAUGGGAAACUGCAAGACUCUAAAGAAAGAGCACAUACCACUAGUGGAGAAAAUGAUGGAAGCUGGAAAGAACAUCCUUCAGCAAAAUAAUUUUACUGACUUGAACGAUAUAAGGAUGGGAUUCCACUGGCCUCCAUUCUGCUCAAUAUCCCACUUACAUCUUCAUGUCCUGGCCCCAGCCAGUCAGCUGGGAUUCUUGUCCAGGAUGAUAUACAGAAUCAAUUCCUAUUGGUUUAUCACGGCUGAACAGCUGAUUGAACGACUGCAGACUGAAAAUGCUGCCAGUUGAAAGCACCUUGCCUAGUUCUGGAUCACAAAUCAAUUUAGAUUUUGUUCUUUGAAUUCUGAUUAAGAUUAUACAGUUUGGUGCAACUAUUUGUGAAGUUUUUUUUAAAAAAGGAAAAGCUUGAGUUGAUUGCCUAUUCCUUCAGGGCAAGCAACUUUUGAUUGUCUACCUAAUUCUUAAUGUAUGUGUACUCAAGUUUUCUGAUAAUAGAUGCAAAAUAUUUGAAUGGAAAAUAGAGUAAUAUAUAAAACACUAGUUCUAGUAAAACAGUAUAAACAGUAAUGGUUUGAAUGUAUUAAAACUGGGAAAAUUUUCAACAGUAACUGUUAAUAGCAUGUACACUGUACCAAGUUGAAUGCUUAAAAGUGGAAUCUAGGUUUUUUAUUUAAAAAAAAAAAUUGGGGGAAUGCAAUAGUGUUUAAACGUACAGGUUUCCUUUAGUACUUGCAUGAGUCAUGCUGGUGAUGUCUAGUUCUUAGUAGGUACAGUGCUAAAGAUAGACACUACUGUUUUUUGGUGCUAAACCAUCACGUAUCUUGCAUGGUAAUGGUCUGUAGCAAGUGCUAAACAUAACAUAUUGAGCCCAGAAUAUGAUGAUGCUUUAGAACAUAGAAUUUAGUUUAAAUGUCUGUAGGAAUGUUUAUACGAUGGACUUGGAUUAAGAUUGUUACUCGUCUUGAAUAUUAAUUCCCUAAAUAAUUUAAUUGUACAUUUAAAAAUCUUGUAAAGAGUUUGGAUGGAUUGAAUUAACACACUUGCCUCUGGGCAUCAAAUUUAAGCUGGAACCUAGAUUAAGGACUUGUCUACACAGUGCGUUAGUCAGCACUAGAAGAGCAGGGUGUAAAUUCUAGUGUGCAUUACUCUGUUGCAUACGAACUAGCCUGUAUGGAUC